AGUGGUCAUUUGGUGUCAGUCCGGGUCCGAACGAGUGCGCGAACUCGACUCCACUGCUUCUCUUUCCCCAGAUCCUAUCUUCUCCGCCGGCUUCCGGCGGCGGCAACAGCGGUGCUGCGGCGUUGGGCGAUCCUUGUUGUUGAAAUUCUUUCGAUGCUUGUAUUAUGGAGGAGCAAUCAGAUGAUGAUCUCAGGAUGGUUUCCGUAAAUGAAUCAGCUGAUGCCAGAGAGGGGCAGGAGGUUGCCACUGUAAAUGCGCAGGAGAAGGAGACUGAUGUGGGGAAAGAGUCUCAGGAAAUGAAUGGAGGUGAUGAGGAUGUACCCAAGUUGGGGAUGACGUUCCAAACGCCCGAAGAAGCUUUCAGAUUUUACGACAGAUAUGCCCGUCGCACUGGAUUUGGCAUAAAGGUGCUGAAUUCAACAUACUAUGAAGAUGGAAGAUGUAGGUAUCUCUGGCUUUCUUGUAACAAGGAUGGUAAAGUGAAAUAUAAAACCGAUUUCCAUUCAUCGAAACCAACCAAAAAAACAAACUGCAUGGCGAGGAUCCAACUUCGGCACAGGGCUGAUGGGUUGCUCCACAUGAAGCAAGUGAUACUUGAUCACAAUCAUCCGCUUAGUCCUGGGACGGCCAAGUCCUAUCAUACAAGGAAGCGGAAACGAUUUCUUGAAAAUGAUGAUGGAGCGGUGAUCCCACUGGACUGGUCAUACACAGAAGGAGGGUUUGGGAGGGUACGGAAGCGAGGAACUGGAGAAAAGAAGUGUGAGUUGAGGCUUGAAAAAGGAGAUGGCGAGGCUAUACACCGAUUCUUUAUCGGCAUGCAAACCAGGGACUCUUUCUUCUUCCACUUGAUGGAUCUGGAUGAAGAAGGUCGUUUAAGGAAUCUGUUUUGGGCUGAUGGCAGGUCUAGGACGGCAUACCAGUACUUUGGUGAUGUUGUUUUAUUUGAUACUACCUAUUUGAUAGAUAAAUAUGAUGUGCCUCUUGUUUCUUUUGUUGGAGUAAACCAUCAUGGCCAGAAGGUGUUACUUGGAUGUGGUUUGCUUUCGGAUGAAAGCAAUGAGACAUAUAUUUGGCUAUUCAAGACCUGGCUAUCUUGCAUGUUUGGAUGUCCUCCAAUUGCAAUAAUCACUGAUAGAUGCAAUGCCCUGCGAGAAGCCGUUGCCGAGGUAUUUCCAAAAGCUCACCAUCGUCAAUGCCUAUGGCAUAUAAUGAAAAGGAUUCCAGAAAAUUUACAAGGGCAUGUGGACUGUAAAGAAAUUAAGAAGACUUUGAAGAAAGUAACGUGCGACAGUUUACGAAAUGAUGAAUUUGAAGAAAACUGGAGAAAAAUGGUUGAGAAAUAUCAACUUGAAAAUAAUGAAUGGCUCCAGUCAUUGUAUGAAGAUCGACGUUAUUGGGCCUCAGUCUUUGUCAAAGAAACAUUUUGGGCGGGAAUGUCUGUUACCCGACGUGGUGAGAGCAUGAAGUCUUUCUUUGAUGAAUAUGUUCAUUACAAGAUCACUUUAAGACAAUUUCUUAGAAAGUAUGAGAUGGUUGUGCAGAGUAAAUAUGAAAAGGAAGUUCAAGCUGAUAUCGAGUUGUUCCAUAAGAGCCCUCAAUUGAUAACACAACUGUACAUGGAGGAGCAGCUCGGCAAAGCCUACACAUUCGACGUGUUUAAAAAAUUCCAAGCUGAGAUUAGGGCCUUGAUAUACUGUGUCUCUUCUCUUGUUAAAGUUGAUGGUCAAGUAUAUACCUUCGAAGUAAAAGAACGUAUAAGAGUGAAAGACAGUAAACAUAUGGAGAAUAAGUUAUAUGAAGUUCUUUACGAUGAAAAGGAAUUAGAGGUGAGGUGCAUUUGUUGCUCUUUCCAAUUCAGAGGCAUUUUAUGCAGACAUGCAUUAUCUGUGCUUAACUUUCAAAAUGUGGUUGAGAUUCCAUCUAAAUACAUUCUUGAACGUUGGAGAAAGGACUUCAAGCGCAUGCAUGCUUUGGCUUGUUUUCCUAAUGAGGUUGUAGCUGAUGGCCCAUUGGAGUCUCAUGGAAACUUUUACAAGCAUUGCCUUAAACUUUCUGAGAUAGGGCUGAUGUCUGAUGAAAAAUAUGAGUUUGCAUUAAAAGUAGUAAAUGAGGCAAUACAAAAUCUUCUUGCAAAUGAUAGCAUAUGUGAUGGCACACAAACAGGGAAUGUUUCUCAUGAAGCUCUGUCAAACUGUAAUGUGGUUAGUUUCAAUGUGAACGGUGAUAGAAAUAGGGGAAUUGAGAAUAAUGGGUUUCACAAUCCUGUGCAAGUGAGGCAGACAGUGAACCAUCCACAUUUUGAAUUUUUUCAAAAUAGGGGUCACAAUGAUCAACAAUCAGCUGGCUAUCGGUCGGGGAUGGAUUGGGGCUUUCAGCAGUAUUUUCAGGAAGGUCAGAUACAGGAGACAAAUCCCAGCCCAAGGCCUUGGUAGAUGAUGGAGCAUCUACUUGCUGAAAUGUUGCUUAAGAGUGAAGGACUUCUUGGAGGACUCGUUGGCUUAGCUGACUAGAAGUUGGAAGUGUUUUGAGUAUGCAUAUUAAAGCCUACUUCAGAAAGAGACUUAAUGUCAUAUUGGUGAUUGUAUUCAAGAUGUGUUAUAGAUUAUUGUGGUAUUGGGAGUGAAGGGAGAAUCUGUAAUGUAUCUAUAAUAAAGGAUGUAAAGUGUGGGUGUAAUGAACUAGUUUGUGCAUCACAUGGAAUGAAGUAGAUCUUGAUUUGGCUUCAUGGUUAUAUAUUGUAAAAAAAAACUAAAUUUUGAAUGAGAUUUUACUUUGUUCUUUUU